UAAAAAGAGAGGCUGCAUCCACAGUCUGACAUUCAUUCAACAGUGCCAUCGUAAGCAGAUUACUUUUCCGCUGCCCGUCUGAAUAGUUCACUUUGUCUCCACCAUGCUAAGGAUGCUAGAAAAAUACCAGCUCCACCCGGGCAUAAUUUUAUUAUUCAUAUGGCUCAGUUAUUUCAUUGAGGAUCACAAAGUUCAGGCUGGUAACUGCUGGCUGCAACAGGGGAAAAACGGAAGAUGCCAGGUCCUCUACAUGCCUGGAAUGAGCAGAGAGGAGUGCUGCAGAAGUGGAAGACUGGGGACUUCAUGGACAGAGGAGGAUGUGCCGAAUAGCACCUUAUUUCGCUGGAUGAUCUUCAAUGGGGGAGCUCCGAAUUGUAUACCUUGUAAAGAAACAUGCGACAGUGUUGACUGCGGUCCAGGAAAGAGAUGUAAAAUGAACAAAAGGAACAAACCUCGCUGCAUCUGCGCUCCUGACUGUUCCAGUGUCACUUGGAAGGGACCUGUUUGUGGGUCCGAUGGAAAGACAUACAAAGAUGAAUGCGCCUUAUUGAAAGCAAGAUGUAAAAACCACCCAGACCUGGAGAUUCAAUACCAGGGCAAAUGCAGGAAGACUUGCCAUGAUGUUCAGUGCCCUGGAAGCUUCACGUGUGUAGUGGACCAGACCAAUAAUGCCUAUUGUGUCACAUGUAAUCGAAUUUGCCCUGAAGUAAUAUCACCUGAACAAUACCUGUGUGGCAAUGAUGGAAUCACAUAUUCCAGCGCUUGCCACUUGAGGAAGGCUACCUGUCUCCAUGGCAGAUCUAUUGGAGUCGCAUAUGAGGGAAAGUGCAUAAAGGCCAAUUCAUGCAAUGACAUCCAGUGCAGUCCAGGAAAGAAGUGUCUUUGGGAUGCGCGUAUGAGCAGGGGGCGCUGUUCCGUCUGCGAGGAGACGUGUCCGGAGAGCCGGUCAGACGAGUCCGUGUGUGCCAGUGAUAACGCCACAUAUCCCAGCGAGUGUGCCAUGAAGCAGGCCGCUUGCUCUUUAGGAGUUCUCCUGGAAAUUAAGCAUUCUGGAUCUUGCAACUCCAUUACUGAAGACCAAGAGGAAGAGGAAGAAGAUGAAGACCAGGACUACAUGACUUAUUUCCAUUUAUCUCCAACAGUGGAUGGAUAAACUACCAUCAAUAGUGGAACAGCCUUUAUCCAUCGAUAGUGGAGCAGCCUUAGGGCAACAAAUAAUGUCCAUAUACUGUACAUACUGUAUGUGUAUGCUUAUUUAUUUUUUAAUAAAAAAAGGAAGUAUACAUAUAGUUCAGUCUGCUAGAUGUUUAUUUAUACUUUGUUUGUUUUAUAAUUUAUACAUUUACAAUGUCUGGCUGACUAUAUACCAUGUUAUUUUGUAUUUUCCAAAGAGAAGCAGUGUUAUUUAUUAUGAGGUACAAUGCUACCAUGUAAAGUAUAAAUCUUCUGCAAGCUGUAAAUUGCAAUCCGUGAGCUGUAUAAAUCUGCUUAUUGAUGUCACUUUCUGUAUCACAGAUGUUUAUUUCAAGCAAAAAAAAAAGCAAAAACAAAAAGUAUGCUAACCUGUUUAUUUAUUAAGAAUUUAUCAUUCAUAAAUGUACAUAAAUGGCUCUGUUUUUGUUUACAAUUCAUAACUGACCAAAGGGACAAUCUCAAUGGUUCUGCAAAAGUUCACUAAAUGGUGCAACACUGUCAUAUUAAAAAGUAAACUUACCAAAUGGUAAGCAGUUGUUUCAUUAUGUCCUGAAAACAGAUAAACACAGAUUCAGUAUUGAGUUUUCUACAUUGGAACAUACAGUAAAUGGGGUCUAGAAGAUGCUUUGUUAUCUCAAAUAUACCAUUAACAUGUAUACAUUUUAUAUGUGGUUUUCCGAUGUGUUUGCAUUACACUCAAUGUGUUACUCCAUUUUGCAAUUGCAGAACUUACAGAAGUAUGUGAUAUACAGCAUUAAUUAAAAAUAUAUCAAAAUUAUUCACUAUGCUUUUCUGUUUUUAAUUUUUUUUUCAAACAUGACACAUUAAAUACAGAUUCAGUUAUAAAUAUAUAGUUUUGUAUUUUUUUUUAUGUAAAUGUCAAAUGUAUAUAAAAAGUUAUGAUGGUAUUUGUACAGAUAUGAAGAGUGAAACAAUAAAAACAUGGAUUUUUUUCCUUA